CCCCCCCUCCCAAAACCCGGGAAGAGACCCUGGAAGCUGCACAAGAAAUUGUCCGGGGGGAGGAGGGGGAAGCGAGACGCGCUCAGCCCCGCCCCUCGUUCGUCACGUGAUCACGCGGGCGGGAAGAAGCAGCCCAAGGCCUCCCGGACGCGCAGACAGAAAUCUGCAACAACCCAUCCCACGCCUUUGGUGACAGGAGCCAAUGGCACUGCCCAAGCCUGGGACCUAUUACUUCCCCUGGGAGGUCAGCGCCGGCCAGGUCCCCGACGGGGGCGCGCUGCGGACGUUCGGCAGGCUGUGCCUCUACGACAUGACCCAGUCCCGAGUGACCCUGGCGGCCCAGCACGGGCCUGAGCAGCACCAGAUCCUCGUCUGCACCAAGUUGGUGGAGCCGUUCCGAGCCCAGCCGGGCUCCCUGUACAUUGUCCUCGGGGAGCUGGAGCACCAGGAGGGCAUCGAUUGGGGGGGGCACAAGGAAUCCCCUCAAUUACAGGAAAUUGAGGAGGGGGAAGCGGCGGAACAGGCGGUCCGUGGAGGUCGCAUCUGUGAUGUUCUAUCCAAGAUGGAGAAGGGGAGGGGCCGAGCUUGAGGCCUUUGCUCCCUGCUCUAACUUUCCUGCCUCAGUAAUAAUAAUAAUAUAAUAAUGAAUGUCAUCUUCUGCUCUAUGCGCCUGCUUAGCUGCAACCCUCUUUCCCUUCACAGUCACUCUUCCUAAAAGGAGGUCCGACCGUCCCCCAUAUCACCCCUCCCUUGUCUCCGGCUCACCCCUCAAUCCAAUGCAUUGUGAUGACGCCUGUCCCUCCAUCCCUCCUUCUUGCUCCCAGCCAGAGCCCUAUUUGGAGAUUUUUUAACUGUGAAUUAGACUCCGAUUUUGCCCUUGCUCUCCCCGCCUCGCCCUGAGCACACGCAGCUGCUCUGUGAAAGCCAUUUAGGGCCACACGUGUCCCAAGGAAAGGUGCAGGCCUCGCAGCGCCACGAGACGUUGGGGCGGACGCCCUGUCUGGUUGAUAGCGUCGCUAGCCCGGCUGUUCCUGAAGAGGGUGGAGAGUCCACCGUGGACACUGGCCGACAGACCCAGGCAUUGCCCCUUGCCCGCUGCACGCCUGGCUGUGCAGCCUCUGCAGCCCAUCACCGGGGCCAGCGGGAGUCAGCGACACACAGGUGACCCCGUGUUUCCCACACGUCGACCUUCCCCUGCGGAAGACUGGAGUCCACACUGGCCAGCACUCUGCAUUCGGCCCCCAGGCUGUGCUAAGUCAAGUCCCCGUGGCCUGGACGGGAGGAAAGCUGGGCAUAGGCGCUGCUGAUCAGAGAGCCCGUGGCCCCGAGCUGCACCUAAGGAAGACCGGAACGGCGAUCUGGAGCACUGAGUGCAUGCCCCGGUUCAUCUGCAGAGCGGGGAGCACAUGAGUGCAAAAAUAAAUAAAAGAAAAACCAACAGGGGCAAACUCCAGGUGUCUUUUUUUUUUUUCCUGUCUGAUGUCACUUGAACACCGACAGACCUUUUCAUGAGGUCCCCACAGCACCUGCUAGAAGCCCCCCCCUUUGCCCCUCGUGCAGGGGGUGGGAUGACUCUCC